AUGGCGAUCCCUUCCCCUUCAAGUCCCACUUCACCAGGCCUGCCCGAUGUUCUGAGCCGGCUGGGGUUAACCGAAUAUCUUCAAGUCCUCGCCGACAAUGGCUUCCAUACCUGGGGCGCUGUCCUCGACAUUACCGAGGACGACAUGACGGCCCUCAACUUCAAACUCGGCCACCGCAGACUGCUCCAGCGCGAGAUUGCAACCUACCGCGGCAUUCCUCAGUCACUGUCACUCGACCCAGAGUCCAAUUCGCCAGAGCCAGUAUCUCUCUCUGCGUCGGCCCUCGAGAGCUUCACCAGACAGACGACUACCCCGCCACCACGCGAGAAGCGGCGGUACCGGCGCCAUCCCCGGCCAGAUCCCAAUGCGCCCAAGAAGCCAAAGACAGCCUAUGUCAACUUUGCUGACCAGCUUCGCACAGACCCAGAAGUCAGCCAGCUGUCCUUUGUCGACAUUGCACGCGAGGUGGGUCGCAGAUGGCAAGAGCUCCCAGCAGAGAAGAAGCGUGUAUGGGAAAGUAAUGCUGCGCGGUCCAUGCAAGAGUUUGAGGCCCAAAUGGACGAGUACAAGAAGACCGACAGCUGGCAAAAGCACCAAAUGUACCUCAAUGAAUUCAAAGCCCAACAGUCGACCGCCUCUUCUGGCAGACAACGACCAGGAAAUAGCCGCUCGACAACAGAUACAUCCAACAACACUCGUCCAUAUUCACAGGCCAGCCCCAGCUCCAUAGACAGCCCCGUGUCUCUGAUGCCUGCUGUGCCCAUGGGGCCUGGCGCAGAAGCCUGUCACAACGCACUGACCCUAGCUUUUAGUGAGCUGGUAACUCUCAGAAGCGAGAUCAUCAAUGGAGGCGCCCAGCAUUUCAAUGAGAAUCGUCUUCCGCCUGAAGACCGAGUGCGCCGGUCUAUGUAUGCCUUCAUUCAAGGCACCGGCUCGCUCCUUUUCAUGUGGACAUUUGAACAGGCCGAUGAGAUUCUCGACCGCAUCUACCGGCCACAGACAAAGGUUGACGAUAUGACACUUGCUGAAUGUUUUACUGUAGCUGCCAUGGGUGCGCAUUAUGAUAUUGAUGCUUUCUCUAAUGACAUGUUGCGCCUACUCUACGCCUCCGGGACUCUUCAUUUCAAUGAACGCACAGCCCGGCAAGAUCACUUUCGAACAAUGCGUUUGUUGCUCUCAUUGUCUUUCUUCUCGCUCCUCGAGAAGCACAUGAGCGCAAAAUACCUUAUUGCCGCAGGAUUGCAGAUUGCCCGCUGGAAAUGUGCAGCACCGCAGAGCCGGCCUCAGACAGCCGAUGUGGGCUGGAGGAAAAUUUUCCGAAGUCUCAUUUUCAUGGACUCGUGGCUUUCGUACACGCUUGGCUAUCCUUCAGAGGUGACGGCCAACGAUGUCCAGAUUGCGUGUGUUGUGGACUGGCCAGAUCACCUUUCGAUAAAUGAUAUGAUUCACACACAAACCAGCAAGAUCAAUUUGAUUGCGGCUGAAGUUGCAAAGACGCUUGCAUCACCCAACUUGGCCACCGAGGCUAACAUUACUCUGCUUACUCGUAAGCUCGAGCAGUGGCGCCAGGAUGUACCCUACAAUUUGCAGAUUCCUACCCUUUUGUCCAGCGAAGCUCAAGAACUGAACAAAUACCAGAGGCGAGCCAUUUUCAUGAUUAUGUAUCUUGGCACCCUAGUUUUGCUAUACCGUCAGUUGCUUGUUGCUGCGGCUGGAGCCCAGCUCAGCGAUGAGGCAGCAACUCCAUUGAACAUGUCAGCGGAUGACAUCAAGAUGUAUAGACGAGAGUGUUCAACAGCCGCUCAAAACAUUGCGCGCAUACUAGGACUCAUUUCCUUUGAUGGCACGUUGACUAAGCGCUGCUGGAUAAUUAUAUAUUGGUCCUUUUCAGCUGCCAUUUGCCUGCUUUUCAGUGCAACCACUAAACUCAUGGAUGGCCAGACAGAUGGGGUCGAGGCAGAUCUCGCGUACGCUAAAUCAUGCAUGGACAUGCUGGAACCGUGUAAACCGUGUGAGCCGGUGGCAGCACGGUACCUGGAAACACUGUGGCCAUUGUACGACAAUCUGCAAGAUGUCCUUCGCCGGAUGGUUGGGAGGUCGAAGAGCAGCAUCUUUGCCAUUCUGCAGCCUGAUCCGAGCUUGUUGAGCCCCCCGGUACCAGUAUCGAAGCAGGAGAUGGGGCCGAUUUCCGAGAAACUUACUACACUCUUCACCGAUCCUUUCGGAAGGACGCAGAACGAUGAAGGAAUUGGGAGGCGGGUACUGAGCACCGAUGGUUCAUACUCUGUUUUCUGGUUCAGGUGA